AUGUGGUAGAAUGAUGCUUGCUUGGGGUAUUCUGUUGGAUUCUGUAAGUACACAUUUGCAACUGUGCUUUGGGGUUGACCUUGUUUUUUUGUUGUUUGUUUUUUCACAUCAGCUGCAUGUAUCAGGUGGCAGGAGUUGACUGUUGGGAUCCCAUCAAGAGAAGAGUAUAAAUACAACACACAAGGAGAGAGACAGGAGCAAUCCAACUGUAUGGAGCCACAAAUCCUGGCAACAGAUGCUUCAAGUUGUGAUAGACUCAAACAUAUACAGUAUAUGUAGUGUUGAGGGCCCGACUCUAGGGCUUCCCUUGUGCUCCCAUGCGGAGAGGACCCCCAGGGGAGCUGAUGCCAGCUGAGACUGAAAAACAAGGGUGUGAGGUCUAAGACGCAUCAUGGCGGAGGAGAGCCUGGAGACAGAUGGCCCCAGAUCCUCCAUGCCGGCUGAGCUCCACCAUCCCCACUCUAAGUACUCUCAGUGGAAGUUUAAACUGUUUAGGGUGAAGUCCAUGGAGAAGGCCCCCCUGCCCAGUGAGACACAGCCUGAAAAAGGAGCCCUGUUAGGGAUCUCAGUUACUGAAGCUCCAAAUAUAGAGUUAGAUAAUGGUGUGGCUCCAGGGAGCGUUAUGAAAUUGUGCUUAGGAGGAAAAAGCAAGGAAAAUGUGGAGGGCCCGGGCCGGAGGGUAGAUAUGAAGCUUCAGGAAAUGGACACUCACAUGAACCACCUCAGGUGCUUGUGCCGUCUCUGUGGAAUGGUCCUGAGAAAAGUCAAAGGGCCAGUGCACAAUGUUCAUGAGGAUCUGGAUGAGUCAAGCAAAGGUGCCCUGCGUAAAAUGGGCUGCAAGGUUACAAGCUGGCCAGAGGUCAUCCUCAAAGUCUUCAAAGUGGACGUGACAGAGGACACAGAAUCUGUCCACCCUCUUUCUUUCUGCCAUCGCUGCUGGAUGGCUGCCAUACGAGGAGGGGGCGUCUGCAGCUUCUCCAGAACAAGAGUCCCUGAGUGGAAACCCCACUCUUCCCUCUGCCACCUUUGCUCCCCCAGGAAAACUUCAUUCCAGCGGACUGGGAGGAAGAGGCGGAAAGCCAUCCCCAGAGCCCAGAGCUUGGCAAAAAGGACCCGGUGGGACCAUGGCGGCAGCAUUGCUGUUGGUGAGAGAAGGGCUCUCAGACCAUUUGGAGACCGUCAUCAUACUCCAGUGCUCAGGGGCUGGAGGAAACCCAUCACCCAGAGAGAGCAAUGGGUGAGGAAUAUCACCCACUGCCAGAAAGACCACCUGAGUACCAAGCUGAUCUCUGAGAAGCUCCCUGUAGACUUCCUCUUUUCUUUCACCUGCCUGGUGUGUGACCACCUGCUCUCUGAUCCAGUUCAGUCCGCCUGUGGGCACCUCUUCUGCCGCAGCUGUAUUAUAAAAUAUACCCACGUUCUGGGACCUCACUGUCCGGCCUGCAACUUGCCCUGUGCCCCUGAUGAUCUCACCCUACCAGCCAAAGCCUUCUUAUCAGCCCUACUUUCGCUGCCCCUGCUCUGCCCCAGAAGUGGAUGUGGCAAGCAGGUAACGCUAGACUCAUUUAAAGCUCAUUGUCUGGGCCAUGAGUUGGAUGAAAAGGAUGCAAAUGAGCACUCAUCAGAACUUGACAUUUACCUGCUAACCAAUAAAGGUGGAAGACCCCGUCAGCACUUGCUAUCGCUAACCCGUCGUGCCCAGAAGCAUCGGCUGAGGGAUCUGAAGAACCAGGUGAAGGUGUUUGCAGACAAAGAGGAAGGUGGCGACCUGAAGUCUGUGUGUCUGACGCUGUUUCUGCUUGCACUGAGAUCUGGGAAUGAACACCGGCAGGCUGAUGAACUAGAGGCCUUGAUGCAAGGCAGAGGCUUUGGGUUGCAUCCUGCUGUGUGCUUGGCCAUCCGGGUCAACACUUUCCUGAGCUGCAGUCAGUAUCACAAGAUGUACCGGACUGUCAAAGCCACCAGUGGCCGCCAGAUCUUUCAGCCCCUGCACACCCUGCGAGCUGCAGAGAAGGAGCUUCUCCCAGGCUUUCACCAGUUUGAAUGGCAGCCAGCUCUUAAGAAUGUGUCUACAUCGUGCAAUGUUGGCAUUAUUAAUGGGCUCUCAGGAUGGGCUUCCUCGGUGGAUGAUGCUCCAGCUGACACUAUCACUCGGCGGUUUCGCUAUGAUGUGGCACUGGUGUCAGCAUUAAAGGAUCUGGAGGAGGACAUCAUGGAGGGGCUGAGAGAGAGUGGGAUGGAAGACAGUGCUUGCACUUCAGGCUUCAAUGUCAUGAUCAAGGAAUCUUGUGAUGGCAUGGGUGAUGUCAGCGAGAAGCACGGUGGAGGACCAGUUGUUCCUGAGAAGGCUGUACGUUACUCUUUCACUAUUAUGAGUGUCUCUGUCCUGGCAGACGAUGAGAAAGAAGAGGUUACCAUCUUCACCGAGCCAAAGCCAAACUCAGAACUGUCCUGUAAGCCCCUUUGUCUGACAUUUGUGGAUGAGUCCGACCAUGAGACACUUACAGCUGUCCUGAGCCCUAUAGUUGCAGAACGUAAGGCAAUGAAAGAGAGCAGGCUCAUCCUGUCCAUGGGCGGACUACCACGCUCCUUCCGCUUCCACUUCAGAGCCACUGGAUACGAUGAGAAGAUGGUGCGUGAGAUGGAGGGCCUCGAGGCCUCAGGGUCCACCUAUAUCUGCACUCUUUGUGACUCCAGUCGGGCAGAGGCCUCUCAAAACAUGGUGCUACACUCUGUCACUCGCAGUCAUGAAGAGAACCUUGAACGCUAUGAAAUAUGGAGAACCAACCCCUUUUCUGAGUCUGCAGAUGAGCUGCGAGACAGAGUCAAAGGUGUCUCUGCCAAGCCCUUCAUGGAGACCCAGCCCACACUGGAUGCAUUACACUGUGACAUUGGAAAUGCCACUGAGUUUUACAAAAUCUUCCAGGACGAGAUCGGGGAGGUAUACAAAAAGGUCAACCCCAGCCGGGAGGAACGGCGGAGCUGGAGGGCAGCCCUAGAUAAACAGCUGAGGAAGAAGAUGAAGCUGAAACCGGUGAUGAGGAUGAAUGGGAACUAUGCUCGCAGGCUAAUGACCCAGGAGGCUGUGGAGGUGGUGUGUGAGCUGGUGCCCUCAGAGGAGAGGAGGGAGGCCUUGAGGGAGCUUAUGAGGCUCUACCUCCAGAUGAAGCCUGUGUGGCGUGCCACCUGCCCAGCCAAAGAGUGCCCUGACCAGCUGUGCCGCUACAGCUUUAACUCCCAGAGCUUUGCCGACCUCCUCUCCUCUACCUUCAAAUACAGGUACAAUGGAAAGAUAACCAAUUACUUGCACAAGACCCUGGCCCAUGUGCCUGAAAUCAUAGAGAGAGAUGGAUCCAUAGGAGCCUGGGCUAGCGAGGGGAAUGAGUCAGCAAACAAACUGUUCAGGCGUUUCCGCAAGAUGAAUGCACGCCAGUCAAAGGCCUUUGAACUAGAGGAUGUGUUGAAACAUCACUGGCUCUAUACCUCCAAGUACUUGCAGAAGUUUAUGGAAGCUCACAAAGACUCUGCCAAAGCUCUGCAAGCUACCAUUGACCCGAUAGAGAACCAGGAUGAUGAAGACAUGUCUUUGGAAGUGAAUGAUUUUUGAUUUUUCUUUUACUGUGAA